GGGCUUUCUCUGAUCCUUAGACAAGGUUCUGCAUCGCGAGAGAAGGGCGACAAGCACAAGCUAGUAGAAAGAAUUGUGAUAUUUUGUUAUCUUCCAGCAUAAUUUUGAGAAUGAAUGUUGUUUUAAUCUUGAAUUGCGAAGCUUCUAACAAGAAAGCCGGUUUGACUCAAGCACAGAAUGUUUUAAGGCAGCUUUGUGAAAAUGGCAACAAAGUUUCAAUUUUUGAGUGCAAGGAACAAUCUGUAAAAUUUAUGUCUGAAGAACCAGCAAGUCUACUUACUGCUAGAAGCCUUGAUAAACGACUUCAUACACGAAUGUCCGAAGCAGAUGCGACUCUUUUGAUCACAGAUAAAUCUGCAACAGAUUGCCCUUCGUACGUGCGUAAAGUGAAAAGUCUCGACAAAACUGUUUAUGUGUGGAACUCGGGUGGUAUUAACUGUAUUUUAUUAGGUGGGUCUAUACACUCGCGUCAAGCUGCAAUGCAACUUCAUGCUAUCCUCGAGGAACGAAAUUACUACCCGUACAUGGCAAAUGUUUUGCCUCGUCAAUGCUCGUGGCAUAAUAUGUAUAGAGUUGAUCCCAGCAUGGAAACAGCUGGUCCCUGUGUGUUGUGAAUGACUCAUACAGCGAUUAUACCACUCUUUUUGUAACUGUAGUAUAACUAUUACCAUGCACUUCUUCCCGGAAAACCAUGCAUAGAGAGAGAAAUAUAAUGAGGUCUAGCGGCAGCAGUUUAGAACAGUUGGAGGAAAUGCUGUCAUUGUAAAACUGUAUUAGUUAAUAGGUAGGGGGUGUAUAUCUACGUUAAAUAGUUUAUGUACAGAAUUGGGUUAUUGUUACAUAGUUAUGUUUAUAUGAAAAUAAGGACAAAAAAUAAACUAGUGAUGUUUAUUGUAAAAAAUGCAUUAGAUCAUAAAAGACUCUGUUUAUGUUUGAUCAA